AUGGAGCGUGAUGUGGUCCAGUCUGAUUUGGAUCCUCAGAAAGAUGACUUGCCGCUGCUUUCCAACACCAACCACAUGCUGGUUAGACAUUAUGUGCUGGAUUUGAGCGUCUACUUCCAAAGGAAGGUUGUUAGCGGCAGCAUUGUACUGUUCCUCGAGCCUUUCCUCAUUGGGUCUCCAGAAUCUCAGGUUUCACCAGCAUCUCACAAAGGGCAGGAUUCCACAUUGUCAGCCUCUAAUCUACUUGAUAAAGUGGCAGUGGGUGUACCAAGAGAUGCUCCUCACCAGGAUGAAGAAAGUAUAAGUGGUGAUGUCCAGUUCUACAAGUCUGAGGACCUUCUGUGGAAAGAGGAGAGUGAUGACUUCACCCUGGUGCUGGACUGCUGUGACCUGCAUGUGUCCAGAGUAGAAGAAGUGGAUGUGACAUCAGUGAGUGAUAUGAGGGGUCUUCUGGAAGGAUGUGAGGUAGACUUGGACAAGGGUGAUCUAUCAUCUGAUCUGGUGCAAAGAUUGGUCUCUUUGCCCUCAGCAAGCUGGAGGCAGCAGCAUAGCCUAUAUCGGCAGUGCAGCUGUGCUCCGGCGCCCCUCGGAGUGCAUCCUCUCCUGUUCCAUGUGGACAAGUGGAGUUUAAACAUUAGGAAGAUAGGCACUCGCUCACCACUUUCAUUCCCGAGAGCAAUCAGAAUCUAUUAUGAAACUAAACCCACUGGAGGCUCUGUGAGGUGGACUAAAGAUCAGGACAAUAGGUGCUGUGUUUACACCAUGGGCUCACCAAUCAACAACAGGGCCCUCUUCCCUUGUCAGGAGCCCCCUAUUGCGAUGUCAACCUGGCAAGCACAGAUUAAGGCCCGAAGCGAAUUUGUAGUCUUGCUAAGUGGAGAGAAUCAAGCCAAACCCUCAGAAGCAGAACCAGGUUUCUACCUGUGGGACUAUUAUGUUACUAUGCCAAUGCCUGCUUCAACAUUCAGCCUGGCAGUAGGGCACUGGCUGGAGGCCAGAACCAAGUCAACGAAUCCAUGCUCAGAAUCUGGGCUCACGGGUCAGGACUGUGAGGCAAACGCCCCAUCAGAUGUUCACCGGCUGAAUGUUUGCUCCCACAUGGAUUACCCAUGUCGCUUUGCGCUUGGUACCGCCACGGCCCAGGCCGUGAUUCCUCAUCGAGUGUUUGCACCGUCCUGCCUCCUUCUGAGUGCGGAGGCCACAGUACUCCACCUCCUGCCUGGCUGUCUGGCCGCCGCCCACUCUGUCCUAGGAGUUCACCCCUUUUCCCGACUAGAUGUGCUCAUCGUUCCCUCGGGAUUCUCUAGUCUGGGAAUGGCGAGCCCACAUAUCAUUUUCCUGUCCCAGAGCGUGCUGUCAGGGGAAAAGCAUCUCUGUGGAGCUAGACUGUGCCACGAGAUCGCCCACUCUUGGUUCGGUUUGGCUAUCGGGGCCCGCGAUUGGACGGAGGAAUGGAUCAGCGAGGGCUUCGCCACUUACCUGGAGGACGUGUUCUGGGCCCGGGUUCAACAGCUGGGAAGUGAUGAAGCACAGGAGUUGGGGAAGUUGAAGGCUCUCCUGCGGUGGAGGAGACUUCAUGAUGAGUUGCAGAACUCUGAAGAGGAGCUGCAGGUUCUCAGGCCUAACAAGGAGAACACUGGAGAGGUCAGCGAAUCAGGAGCCUCCGUUGUUAAGCAUGCCCUGAAUCCUGGAAAACCCUUCAUGCAGGUACACUACCUAAAGGGCUACUUCCUGCUGAAGUUUCUGGCAGGUGAGGUCGGUGAGGAGAGCUUCCUUGACUUCUUCCGUCUAUUCGUGAAGAAAUAUCACGGACAUCUCGUGCUGUCUCAGGAUUUCCUCCAGAUGUAUUUAAAUACCUUUCCAGCUUUGAAGAGAAAAGGCCUCAGUCUUGACGUGAUCUAUUCAGAUUGGCUCGAUACACCUGCAAUAUCAAAGUGGUUGUUUGAGAGGAGUGCUGUUUGGGCACAGACUUCGCUGGUGAAAGAAGUCAAAGAGGAGGUUGCAAAAUGGAUUCAGUUCAGCUGCUGCUGUGGAAAGGGCAGCAAGCGGAAGAGAGCAGGACCCAAGGUGAUCUUCAAAGAGGUGAGUCCAGAGCAGUUGGUGUUGCUGUUGGAAUUCCUGUUGGAGGAGUCAGAUUUGGGCGCUGCCACACUCAGACUCCUCGAGAAAACUUACAACCUUCAGGCUCAGGAUGCUGAGGUGAAGCACAGGUGGUGUGAACUCGUGGUCAAACACAAAUACACACCAGCUUACGGGGACGUUGAACGCUUUUUGAUUCACGACCAGGCCAUGGGGGUUUACCUUUACGGUGAGCUCAUGCUUUAUGAGGACCCUCGUCAGCAGGCUCUCGCACGCCGUUGCCUGGAGCUCACUCAGGACGAAAUGGACCAAUCAGCACGCAGCGUAGUGCGGGAAAUGAUCCUCUGAGCCUAUGCGCGCAGGAUAUGGACACGAUGAGACAGCUCAGAGCAAUUCCGCGGAAUCGGAUAUUUUACCUUUUCCGGAGCUCACGGAAAGAACUUGGAGCACUCGGAAGCCACAAACAUCUUUUGUUUUGUUUUUGUUUGUUUUUUUUCUUCUGAAUCAAGCAAAAAUAAUAUGUAAUAAAAUGAAAUGUGUUCUGUUAAAUGGAGACACAAGUCAUGCAUUCAAGUCAAUGCAAACACUUAAAGAGAUGAGCCUGUAUGUUAGCAAUGUUCUUUCGAGGAAAAAAAGGGGGAAAAAAAAAACAGGUGUUAAAACAAUUUGUCGGUCUGACCUUUGGAACAGGGGUAGGCCUCAGACAGGGACUGUGGAAGAAGGAGAGUUAAAAAAAAAAAAAAAAAUCAGGCAGCCAUGAACUCUUGACCUCUCCUCACUCAAGUCUUAAGUCCUGGAGCAGUGAUCAGAUAUGAACAAGAUGUUUGUGGUAGAAAUACAUGCAGAUGAGGCAUGUUUUAAAGCUUAAGAGUUUGAUGAAAGCACAGUGAGCUGGUUGUGUGCACACAGGUUAAGCCUACUCAGGGGGCAGACGUUUACCGAUAACGAAUAUUCUCCAAUGAAAGUCCUUUACAGUCCGCAACUUCUUAAUCUGUGUCCCGAAAACCGCUUCACUGAUAUUUUAUUUUCCAAAAUGUACUGUGUCCAGAGACAC